UAAACAUCGUAUCGAAAAAAUAAACUUGACAACAACAACUACAAAAAAACCAAUAGUUUUUAAAAGGAAUUAGUCAACAGAACACAGAAAAUAAAUUCUGAAAAUUGUGUAGCAGAAACAGUAAUAGAGGCGCGAUGCCAGAAGAAGAAAACGCAAGUAGCAGAGCCGAAAGAAGAAAACGGGAUCCAAUUGGUCAAAUACUCGACUUGUUAAGUAACUCUAAUCAUAGAACCACAACAACAGACCAUUCGGUUAUAUCAUCUGUCCAGUCAUUAAAUUCGUCCGCAGAUGACUCACCAUUAUCUUCUGCAUCAGUUGUAUCGUCUGCCAAGUCGAGUGUGUCGUCUGUCCAGUCGGUUGUUUCGCCUUCUUUUCCAACAAUGCCAUCUUCUAGCAAAGAGAAAAACAACAAUAUCCAACCAGUUAAGCACAACAAAAACGAACAUGGACACAAAAACUCAAUGCAAAAUAGCUUCGCAACACCGUUUGAAAAACAAUACAAUGAUGAACCAGUAGUCCAUGAUGAAAGUAGUGCAUUUCAGCCAUUUUCAAAGAACAUGCAGAACGUAUCAAACGGAUUCACCAAUGAUAACUAUUCAUAUUGCGUACAAAAAGGUUUUGCAAUGAUGAAUAACUAUGCAGCCGCACACAUGCAUACAUCUCAAAGUGCAAUGAUUCCAUUUACUGCAGGAAACGUUCCAGUUCCGGUAACAGCAGGACAUUUGUAUGGAAUUUCCGGAUAUUCUUUACCGUACACAAACAUUCCGAACACAAUAACGCAGACAACUGUGCCACAAGUAGGAUAUCCGUUCCCACAUAGCUGUGGACUUUUCUCAAAUUUUGACGUCACCAGAAAUAUAAACAUGUUUUCAUGGCUGGACAAGAAAAUUGGAAGCGAUAGUUCUUUCAAUCCGGCAUGCAUUCUUAAUUCUGAAAAUACAGGAAACCAUGUGACGCAUACACCACCAAGGUACCAAUGCGAUUCUUGCAAAAAGAGCUAUUCAACAUAUGGCGGCCUAUCGAAACAUAAACAGUUUCAUUGUGUUAAUCAGGUGAAAAAGGAAUUUAGUUGCAAGUUUUGUGGUAAAUGUUACGGUUCGCUUGGUGCUCUGAAGAUGCACAUCAGGACUCAUACUUUACCUUGUAAGUGCAAAAUUUGCGGUAAAGCGUUUUCGCGACCAUGGCUUUUGCAAGGACACAUUCGUACUCAUACAGGAGAAAAACCAUUCAGGUGUGACCACUGUAGUCGAGCAUUUGCAGACCGUUCAAACCUCAGAGCGCAUCUACAAACACAUUCUGAAAUUAAAAAAUACGGAUGCAAAAGUUGUAAUAAAACAUUUUCUAGAAUGUCCCUACUUGUUAAACACAAAGAAAAUCAUUGUUAUAGAUAAAUUGUGUUUAAUUGUCAACUGUUUAAUUUGAUUCAUAUA